AUGGGGAAAGAAGAUGAAGAAUCGCAAAGCGUAGCAAAAAACUCUGUGAAAGUGACACCAUUAUUUAGUAUUGUGUGGUUCAAAGAAGUUAUUAUGAAGAAUUAUAUACUCCUCUUAUUUACACUACCCUAUUUUUAUUGCGAACUAAUCCACAAAUCAUCACUUAAAAAUACUAUUGAUAGUCCACAAGAAUAUCAAGACAAAAUAAAAAAGUUAAUUGAAGAACUUGAUACAGAUUUUACAAAAUAUUGGACAUAUAAAGAUUUAUUUAACAAGCCUGAACACCUGGGUGUCUCAUCUGAACGUGUCCAGAGAGCGUUAAAAAAUUUAGGAAACGAGAAACGCCUGAAGAGGUUGCUCAUAAAAGCAUUGAACGGAGAAAAAAUCAGACUGGUCACUAUUGGUGGCUCUAUUACCAAAGGAGCUCCGUUCGCUGAAAAAGGGAACGGUUAUAGAGUGUAUUUUAAUGCAAUACGUAAUUGGUGGAACAGAAUAUUCACUCCUUUAACCAGAUCGAGGAUGGCUUCUAGAAGCAUUUCCAUUGGUGGUGUAGGGACUGAUUAUUUUUCGUAUUGCUUGAACACACAUUUACGUGAAGACGAAAAACCUAAGUUAAUCUUAUGGGAACUGUCAGCGAACGACAGAGGACGAUACGACGAUAAACCGUUUCCCACGGGGCAACCUUUAGAACAAUUCACACGAAAUGUUUUGAAUCGCAUCUCACAACCGGCAUUGCUGUAUAUACAUUUCUUCCGCGGUCACGAUUAUUUGGACGGUAAGUGCAAAAAUUUAGAAGGUGAAGGUGGAGACGUGGUGGCAAGACACUACAACAUUGCGUCGAUUAGUUGGCGCAACUUUGUUUGUCAAAGUAUGAAAGACAGAGUUGAACUUUUCCUUGCCAAGAACACGUUCUCCUAUGACCAACUGCAUCCAAGCAUCUUGGGUCAUGCUCAGAUGGCAUUUCUCAUCAUAAACCAUCUAAAGAACAGCUUCCUCCGCAUGUUGAAAUCGCAUGCUUUAAACGUUCCUUCUCUAGCAUUAUUCCAGCAACAGACAUUUAUACAAGGUGAUAUAACAUUGCCAAAACCACUCUACCAUGAGACCACAUUCAAUAAACCAUUAUGCUUCACAUAUUUCCGAUAUAACGACUACGAACCAAACAAUACGCUGGCAGUAAAUAUCAUAAGACACGAUGAUUUCAAAUUAAACAUAUUUAAAAAAUUCAAAAUACGGACUGACAAACUAGGAGGAAUGCAAACAUAUCUCGCAGAACAGUUAUUACAAGUCGCAAUCCAAUUACCUGCUCCCUACGCACGUUUAGUUGCUAUAACACAUGCGGGGACAGGCAACGGACAAGUAUGGUUGGAUCAAGAUACACCUGUUCUUAUAAACAGUGACAAAUAUACAAUGGGAUCCAAAGUGGAUUUAAUCACAACGAAUGUCAACGCUGGUAAUCAUACUUUGAAUGUGCUGUCUAUGAAAAAUGGAUUUGCAUUCUGUGGAAUCGCUGUCUUAUGAAAAUGUGUAACAUUGGUUGUUUUUCAUCAUUUACUAUAUUUUUCCUACAGCACUUUUGAAAUUCUAGCUAUA